ACAAGAUGGUGGACACGGGCACCUGUUUAUCCUGGAUUUUUGUAUUUUUUUUAGUUUUUGUCCCUACAGCACAGGAGAAUAAAGGCGGACUGUAUUCAGAAAAUGGCCCUGUGACAGUUCUCACAGGCUCAAACUUUAAAGACACUGUCCCUAACUCUGAUAACACAUGGAUGGUGGAAUUUUACAGCAGCUGGUGUGGACAUUGUGUACGGUUUGCGCCGACUUAUUUGAAAGUGGCACAGUUUGUGAAAGGCUGGCGGCAAGUGAUAAGGGUAGGUGCAGUUGACUGUGCUCAGGAUUACAAUACAGCUCUCUGCAAAGAAUAUGGGAUUGAUAUGUAUCCCACAAUUAAGGUGAGUGGAAAAUAUAUUGACGUGAAUGAGAUUUAAAUUUAAUUUGAUUUA